AUGGAUGAUGAAGGACAACGUGCAGCCGAAACAAUCGAAUCGUUAUCAAUUGGUCGUGAUGCUUCUGAACAACUCUUUGGAACUCCAUCAUUGAUUGGCUCACAGCCAUCAGCCAAUUAUGGGCUUUAUGAGAAUAUCAUUUAUGAUACCAAUACUGAGGAUGCAUUUAUUGACGUGAAUAACGACAUACUAACGUUGAACAUACCACCAAUGGAUUUUGAGCGAACAACAAGUGAGGAUUUCGCCGAUAUUAUAUUAUCACAACUUGAUAAUCGAGAUGAGAAUUUCUCUGGUGAUUGUGGCAUCGAUCCAUCAAACGAAAUAAAUAUUGGUCCGUUGAAAUCAGUACCACUUUCGGCUGCCAGAUCAGAAAAUGAUACACUUCAAUUAGAAUUUGAUGUGACGGUGGAAGGAGGGCGUCAGAGUUCUUAUAUCUUCAAAGGUCGCUCACUUUUUGCGAAGAUGAAUACCAAUGUCAUAUUUACAGUGAAGUGUCCUAUUCCUCCUCCCCCAAAAUCGUUUAUUCGAAUUUGUGCUAUCUAUUCGGAUAACAUUUAUGCUAAUGUUCCGGUUCGUCGAUGCGAUUAUCAUCGUUCGCGGGAUAAAAAUCAGGAAGAGCAUUUCGUAAUUGUAACCAAUAAUUCCAAAGCGCAACAUCUGACAGAAAAAGUAGAAGGCGAAGAGGGAUUCCGUUCAUUUGCAAUUGUGCCUUUCGACGCACUUCAUGCAAAUAAAUGCUUGGCACUACAGUUUCGAUGCUAUUCAUCUUGUGCUGGUGGUAUCAAUCGGCGGCAAGUGGUAUUGUGUUUUUCUUUGGAGAAUGGUGACCAACUACUUGGCGACAGUAAGAUGCAUCUGAAAGUGUGUUCACUUCCAAGUCGAGAUGCAAAUUUGGAUAUUGCUAAUGUGCCACGUAACAAGCGUCCGGCUGCCAAACAUUAUCCGGCGGUUGCAGAAGUUGUUUCCGUUUCAACGAAGAAUACACCACAACAGUUUUGGGAUGACGAUGAUACAAUUUACUCAUUGGAGAUUCGUGGAAGACAUUUGUAUAAAAUAGUUUGUGCUAUUGUUGGUAAUUUCGAAUUGACCAGAAAUUUGCUAAAGGAUAAAAGUCAAAGAAAUGAUAGAGAUAUGUUGACGGUAAGCGACAGUUCAGGUUCGCUAUCCCAGAAUACUCCCAUUGAUUCCUGGCUGAAUACUUUGGAAUUGUCGAAAUAUAAACACUUAUUUGCUGAUCGGUCAUUAUAUGUAAUUGCUGAUCUUGAUGGAAUCAUCAGUAAAAUGUAUCUAUCGUCGAUAGGUGUUACGGAAGAAGAUGCAACAAAAAUGUUAAACUCAUAUUUGGCUUGGUUCAACAUUUUCAACGCUCAGCGAUUGAGCAGUUUGUCAUCCGAAGGUUCUACCAUCCGAGUGCAAAGGACCCGUGUAAGUGGUUCCCUUCGCGCACCUCACUCCAAUUAA